AUGGGACAACAAUUGCUUCAAAAGAAUCAUCAAUUCAAAGAAGAAUAUGUUAUAAUCAUGACGGCCCAUAACAGCAGUCGUUCUCAAUAUACUCCUAUAACCACUGAAUCUGAUGCUUCAAUUGAAGCCGGCCUUUCGAAUCUUGCAGCCCUUGCGAAGGAUACCCAAACUUCAGAUCUCGACUCCUCAUCCUCGAAUACCGAUGCAUAG